GUGUACUCCUGGGAACUUUACUGAUCAGAGAGAAGUGUAUAUGUAAAGUCCCCAUUUCUAUACCAGUCCAAGACAAAGCCCAGCUGUUUUCUAGACACUGCCAGACAGAAAAUUCUGUGCCGGCUUCCUGAGGACUGCCCACCAUGCAGUGGCUGAUGAGUUUCCGGGUCCUCUGGGGCAUCCGCAAGCCCUUUCACCUUGCCCCUGGGUACUUUCGCUGCCAGCCUUUAUCAGGGGUUGGAGCCCCGAGAUGGAAUGACUACAGUGUACCUGAGGAAUUUAACUUUGCAAGUGAUGUCCUAGACUACUGGACUCAAAUGGAGAAGGAGGGCAAGAGAGGUCCAAACCCAGCCCUGUGGUGGGUGAAUGACCAAGGGGAUGAACUGAAGUGGAGUUUCAGAGAGUUGACAGACCUAUCCCGCCGUGCAGCCAAUGUCUUCACCCAGAUCUGUGGCCUGCAGCAGGGAGACCGUCUAGCCUUGAUUCUGCCUCGAGUGCCUGAGUGGUGGCUGGUGACCAUAGGCUGCAUCCGAGCAGGAAUAAUCUUCAUGCCAGGAACCAUCCAGUUGAAGGCCAAGGACAUUCUUUACCGAUUACAAGUGUCCAAAGCCAAGGGCAUCGUGACCACAGAUACCCUUGCCUCAGAGGUGGAUUCUUUAGCUUCUGAGUGUCCUACUCUGAAAACAAAGCUCCUGGUGUCUGACCAGAGCCAUCAAGGGUGGCUGGACUUACGAUCAUUGAUUAAAUCAGCCUCCCCAGAUCAUACCUGUAUUAAGUCAAAGACUCUGGACCCAAUGGCCAUCUUCUUUACAAGUGGGACCACAGGCUUCCCCAAGAUGGCAAAACACAGUCAUGGAUUUGCCUUGCGAUCCUCUUUCCCUUCAAGCAGGAAAUUGCUGCAACUGAAGACAUCUGAUAUCUUCUGGUGCCUUUCGGACACAGGCUGGAUUCUGGCUGUCCUUGGGUGCCUGUUGGAACCAUGGACAGCAGGGGCUACACUCUUUAUCCAUCAUCUGCCCCAGUUUGACCCCAAGGUUGUAGAGCAGAUGUUGUUCAAAUACCCCAUCACCCAGUGCCUUGCUGUGCCAUUCGUAUAUCGAAUGAUUCUACAGCACAGUUCUACCAGUCUCAGGUUCCCUACCCUGGAGCACUGCAGUGCCGGUGGGGAGGCUCUGCUGCCAGAGGAUCAAGAGCAGUGGAGAAGACAGACAGGCCUUCUGCUCUACGAGAUCUACGGACAGUCAGAAACAGGAGUAAGUUGUGGCACUCUCCGUGGAAUGAAGAUCAAGCCGGGUUCCAUGGGGAAAGGCAUUCCCCCCUUCGAUGUCCAGAUCAUUGACGACAAAGGCAACAGCCUGCCGUUCAACACUGAAGGCAACAUUGGCAUCAGGAUGAAGCCCACCAAGCCCAUUGGCCUCUUCAUGGGCUAUGAAGACAACCCAGUAAAGACAGCUGAAGUGGAGUGUGGGGACUUUUACAACUCUGGAGAUAGAGCAACUAUGGAUGAAGAGGGCUACAUCUGGUUCCUGGGGAGGAACGAUGACAUCAUCAAUACCUCUGGGUACCGCAUCGGGCCUGCAGAGGUGGAGAAUGCCCUGGCCGAACACCCGGCUGUGGCUGAAUCAGCUGUGGUGAGCAGCCUGGACCCGAUUCGAAGGGAGGUGGUGAAGGCAUUUAUUGUCCUGACCCCGGAAUUCGUCUCCCAUGACCGGGACCAGCUCACCAAGGAGCUGCAGCAGCAUGUGAAGUCAGUGACAGCCCCGUAUAAGUACCCCAGGAAGGUGGAAUUUGUCUCAGAGCUGCCCAAAACUGUCACUGGCAAGAUUAAAAGAAGUGACCUUCGGAAAAAGGAGCUUGGUCAGAUGUAAUCAGCAAAACCCUCAGAAACCACUGUGUCUUCUUCGCCAAAUCCCUGGCUAUCCCAGUUUCCUCACUAUGGGGAGGGUGAGGAGAGGAGUGCUGGACAUUGAUUUUAAGAGCAUCAGGAGUGCCCACAUUCCAGCAUUUUUGUUCUUUUAAAUUACUAUCAGUUACUCUCCUGCUUCCAAGUCCCCAAGUGAGCGCUCAGUAUGUGGCUGGGAUAAUAAACUGACAUCAGCAUCC